GGAACACAAAGACAGCAAACGUAUUUCACAAUAUUUUGCAUAUUCCUUGUUUAUCCGGUGAGUUAACACCUUCAGAUCCAAUAACAAUCAUUACCUGUGUGUUUGGCUCCAAGUUUCUAUGUUAAGCGACGUGGGAAUCGAUAUGAUGAGGAUCUUCUGAAGCAUUCCUGUUGGCAUGUGAUUCAGCUGUCAGGAGUACAGAGUGUGGUCCUAGGUCCCGUGUACAGCACCGUGUAGCCACUAGAACUAACGCUAGCCACCCAGUCUCAGCUGACACGACGGAGCCAAACAGUUGGUCUUCAUUUUGAGACUUGAGAAACAUUUGAAAGGACUGCCUACUGCGGAGUGUGACCAGUGGCGAAACGACCAGCCCUGACUGAGGGCAACUACAACAUGAGUACCAAGAGGAAGGAGGAGAGCUUGCCUCAGACAAUGGGCAAGUCUCGCACCAAGAGACCUGACCAGUCCCGGCCAGAAUUCGAGAGAGACUCCGGCUUCUCAGAUACAAGCUCGGAGCAUUUCAGUGUGAUGGACCAGGCGGAGUCAGACGACAACUCUCGGAAAGGGGGUGCGGGGAAGGGAGCCUCUCGGCCAUCCUCUCAGCACUCACAGCUGGCUGUCAUCGGGGGCUUCUCCCCGAACCUGUCCCCCAUGAUCAUCAUGAACAACGUUCUCCUUAAGCAGCCUGGAGAUAAUCCUCCUACCCUUAAGCCGUGGAGCUUCAGCCCGGCGGUGGAGAUGGUGCAGCAACCGCAGAUGGUCUUCCUCCAGCCGGUGGUCUCGACCCGCGGCCCUUCUGUGACCACCGAGCCCUCUUCUAAGCGCCGGCGCCACAAGAAGUACCUCCCCAUCCUCAAGUCCUACCCAAAAAUUGCCCCCCACCCCGGGGACAGUCCCAGCCACACCAGCACCAGCAGCAGCAGCAGCAGCACGAGCUCAUCCUCUAGCUACAGUUCUGUCGCAUCCUCGGGGAAGAGCUGCAGUUUGACCUUCAGCCACCACGAGCGCCAUCGCAGAGACAGGAAGGACAGCGUCUCGGGGUAUUCCACGGCUAGCUCUCUGCCGGCGUCACCGCUCCCCCACAUCGUCCUCGCUGACUCCGCCCCUCCCGCUCACAUCUCUGCCCCUGGGGGUCCCGCUCAUCUCUCCAGGUCCGCGUCGGUCCCAGCGGCCAACCGCAAAUCGACAGACACUAAGACCUCGGAGAUCUCCCGCCUGCAGACGCCCACGGAGAGUGGCGGCAGCAGUAGCCGCAGCAGUAUCCGCAGCAACCACAGCCGCCCCAGCAGCCCUGGUGCCAGCAGCAUCAACCAGGACGGCAACAGCGACAGCACGGACGGCGACUCCAACGGCAGCAACAAGCGCAAGCGCUUCUGCAACACUUACAACAUCCUGAGCAAGUCGGGGCUGCUGGACAUCACACUGCGCACCAAGGAGCUGAUCCGGCAGAACCGCCGCACGCAGGGCGACCUGGAGCGACUCCGCGAGCACACCAGCCUCUUCAUGGAGGUGCUGAAGAGCGGAGACGUGUCCGUGUACGACCGGCUCCAGAGCAGCAUGCUGGAGGAGGACAACCAGGAGAAGAGCGCCUAGACCACGGUCCUGCCCCAGGAUGGACUGACAGACAAAUGGACAGGCGUAGAUGGAGAGCAGUGCAUAUGCCUGGACAGAUGAUGUCCAGUGACUGUCUAAAAAAAAACAACAAUUCAACUUGACUUAGCAAGUGACUGGGCCGCUUCCUGCCUGGUGUUGAUGCUAGUGUCCAGUGUACGGAUCAAGUGGUCCAAAUGUAACAAAAAAGGGAUGGUGGCUUUACUUGGAGUGCAAAUACUAAAAUAUUUGCUAAUCAGAGUGUUUUUUUUUUGUUGUUUUCUUUUCUUUUUUUUAAGAUUGUAACAGGCUAGUGUUGUCCAUAGGGAGCCUUAAGAUGGGUGUCCCCUCAGCCAACAACCAAGCACAACAGGCUGAGUGAAUGACCCUGUGCUUGGGACUGUCUCGGCUAAAGGGAAAUGGCCUCCGUUGGCGUGGCACUGCACUAACGAGCACUUGCAUGCGCACACACACACACACACAAACACGCACGCACACACACACACACACACACACACACACACACACACACAGACGGAAGGAAGGAAUUCUUGAGACGCACACGGCCUGUGUUACAGCCUUAAUUCCUAUUUAAGGACCUAGUUAGUCAGCCCUUUUUCCUUCCCAGACAUGGUUGGAAUCGGCCAUUGGCACAUCUCAGCUCCUUACUCUAAAGAUCAUGGCCUUUUUUUUUAAUUUUUAUUUUUUUAUAAAGACAAUUUUUUCCCCCCUUCUGCAAACGAUAAAGAGAUGCAGACAAGUUUGAGGGUGAGGAGAAUUGGAAACGUUUGUUUAAUGAAUAAGACUCAGUGGGUAGGAACACUGCGAAGGUGGCAGGGGCUCUAUGGAAAUGGUCUGGUCUAGCACUAACUGGGCUUCAAACCAGUGAAGAUCUGUUGUGAAGUUGUCUGGGUUAAGCCGGGGAUCACACUGACCAGCGGCAAGCGGCAGGUUUCCUAUAGUUCUCUAGGGUUCUGCAGCGGAACGGUGGCAAUGCUGGCGUAACACUAGCGUUGAACAAGCUGAGUGUUGAACUUGGUUCAACAUUCAAAGCUCAACGCGAGCGUAUUCAAUUGUCAGUUUAGGCAAACUGUUUGUGUUACUUAGAAACGAGAUAGAACUUAUUAUGGUCUGAGUGUUGCGUUACGUUUACCGCUGGCGCGUCGUUAUUUCCAGUGUGGUCCCUACCUAAUGUUGGCUUAUGUAAAUAAGGCCCAAAUGUGUAUCCGAUAGUGGGUAUACUUCACUGCUAUAAACCUGCCAUCGCUUCCCUUUGGCCACUCUUGGUGGAUGCUUGUAAUAUUUUGCUAGUACGGACUAUGGAGAGUUCAUGCACAGGGUUUAACCCCCACCCCACCCGUCUUGGAAUUACAUUUUGGUAAUGUAGCACGUGAUCUGUGUCAAGAUGAACAAUUUCCGUCAUUUGAUAUUCUUUUAUCUUUCAUCCAUUUUUUUAAUAUAUAUUUUUUUUAAACCCGGGUGCUUUGUCUGGUCAUCAGACUUUUCAUAAUGCAUCCCAAGAAGCCUCUUGCAGCUGAAGCGUUGUCUAGAUAAUAGAUAUGAUUGCAGCUGAAGCGUUAUCUAGAUCAUAGGCGUUAUCUAGAUCAUAGAUAUGAUUGCAGAUGAAGUGUUAUCUAGAUUAUAGAUGUGAUUGAUUGAUUGAUUUGAUUGAUUGAUUGAUUGACCACAUCACCACAGCACCCUCUACAAGGAUGUGAGCUGUUAACUUCAGUGUUAUUCUUGCUUUGUGUCAAAGUUUCACAAGAAUGUGUGGGCCUUUUGAUGAGUGCCACAAUAAGUAAAAACAAACAAACAAACAAAGAAUGGCAAUUUGCUUUUCAGCUUCAGUGCUAGAACUAAUUGGUGCGAACUGCAUUAGCUGUCAAAAAGAAAUCUGACCAAAAUUGGUUGUGCAAAUUUACCAAAUAACGAAAAUUAUUUGAAAACCAUACCCCUGUAGCAAAAGCUCUUAAAAGGUUAAUCUCUCCUCACAGUGUAUAGAUGCUUAGAAUACAUCAUCUCCCAAUUCCUUGACUGAAAUGACUUGUAGAACCAUAAGCACAGUAUGGAAUAAUGACAUGUAGGAUCUUAGAAGCUUCAUACAGCCUAGAUGGCAUUGUAUUGUAUUAUUUGAUCUUUUUGUGUAGUUUUUUUUUUACACUGAAAUUGUAAUGCUGGUAGUGCUACUGGGCUAGCCUUAUGCAUUUGACACUGUGCAUAUUUUUACUCUGUGAGGUUAAAAUAUUGAUCUUUGGUAACAAACCAAAUGGGCUAAAAGGGAGGUUGGUUCAAAGCUGGCCUCAGACACCAGUGCAUUAGCUUUCUGCAUGCCAACGUUGGCCAUUUGCUUUUAACUGCUUGUGAGGAAGCACUGUUUGUUUGUGAAGCCUGUCCUGCUAAUGUGGUCGUCCUGUUUGUUUUAAUUCAGUCGAGCAAAGUGUGCUGAUGUUCUGUAUGUGUGGAUUCCUUCGUGGAGCAGAUGCUGGGGCUAGUCACAUGCUAAACUUUGUGAUGAGCUCACUAACUAAAUGUGUUUAGAAUCAUGGACCUUAAAUUGUGGAUAUUUGUUUAAGUUUGCUAGUUAGCUUUUUCCCCUAACCGAUACAACUCUGUUCAGACAUUAUUUUUUAAUUUGUAUUCUUUCUGUUAUUUUCUGGCUGAGGGGGGUUAGUUUGUCUGUGUAUAUGCAGCAUGUAGCUAUGAUCUAAAUUUGAUUGUAAUAUCACUAAGGAUUACUUUUCUUAGGCAAAUAGAUUUUGUUGAUGACUGCAGGCUUCAUCAGUAGAAAAAGGCCUAUAACCAAAGUGCUGACACCUAAUGUGGUUCACCCAAGAGUGGAGGUUGGAGGAUUACCUGUGCUGUACAUUCGUAAAAACAUUACAUCUGCCUUAUUUUAAGUAUCAUCAGUGUGUGUAUAUAUAUAUAUAUAUAUAUUCAUUUUGGGAUCUUAAGAGCUUGUAUCAUAGUCAGCACUAAUAAGUAGUUUGACUUGUGUGGUACUUAAACAAUUUAAGGCAGCUAAGUUACUUUCUUCUCUAAAAUGGCAAAUUCUCACGUAGCGCCUCUGUAAAUCUUGCCUCCUUUCAGGCUGUUCCAUUCUAUCCAGAGUCACGUACGGAGGCCUUAUUGCUGAUGUUGGCCAUAGACUUUCUGAUGAAAAAGCUUAAGUCUGUGGAGCAGGAACACAGACAGAAACAAAACAUAGCAAUCCUCCUCCAUUGGCAGAUGAGUGCAUAGCAUAGCGUCUUUUGACAUAUCCCACUUUACUGAAGCAGUGGGGAACAUGUGCUUUGGUGUUUUCUUUGGAAUAGUAUUGGAAUCGCCUCCAUGGUAGUAUUUACACAAAACGUAACAUUGAUCACAGGAUAAUGUCAUACACUAUUUUAUAUUUAAAAAGAUGAUGUAUGUAUUACGGUUAGAUAAUGAGGAUGAGGCUUGCUUACUUUGACUUUGUGUACAUUUUUCAAGAAUGACGGAUACAUUUUUAUUUAUCAAAGACAAAUCUGCAUUCUGUGAUUCCAGAAUGUUCUGGCACUCUCAAGAUUCUCUGGUCAUUAUUAGUAAAGGAUCCGCUGAAUCUGAAUGUCCAGUAAUAUACUUUCUGUGAAGUUUGAUAAGGCUGCAGAAAUAUUUACAUUGUCUCGGUGUCAUAAUACCAGUGUAUGUUUGUCCCUUUUUUGUACUGGAUUGGAACCGAUACAUUUUAAUUUGGCAGCUUUCCAUGCAUAUUCCCGGCCUGUGUGUCUUAGGACUUUAUAUGUGAAUUUGUUGUAUAGUAAUUUUCUUAUGUGCCGUUACAGUUUUUGUGAAGCAUUGUUUAAGCAUUGUGAAUUUUUUUGUAGGUCAGAUUGUUCCAAUAAUCAUAUUUAUGAAAAUCAAUAAAUGAACCAUUUUGUUGGUUUGAGAAAGGGGA